AUGAGUCGAUGGUCGGUUGGCUCUGCACCUGGGAGCGUGAAACCGGUGUACGGUGCUCGUUAUCCUCCACUACAACACGAUGUACCUUGCGGGAGUCCUAGCAAGGAUUUCGCCAAACAAUCAAAAUUUCAAGAUUACGAGAACAGUGUGUCAGAUGCAUGGGAUACUCGUGUGCUGGUCGAUGAUGCUCUUGCUUCAGCAUCCGCUGCUCGCGUGCUUGCAGCUCAUGCUGCUGGAAAGACCAGGGAAGAGGUGAUAAUGCCUCCUGUCAAUCCGGCUCCAACAAAGAAUGGACGUGUUCAAGCACUUCAGCGACUUGCUAUUCAAAAAGAUCCUUUACCUUCUACAAUUAGCAAUCCUCCUGUACAGAAUCCAAAUCCCAUCUAUCCAAAGCUACCAGAGAUCUCUGGUGAUCAAGUUCGUAUAACCGUCGCGGCAGUGAACGGAACACAACCAGGUGGCGAGCGCGACCAGACGCGGUUUGAACGUCUUCGUCGUUUGUUCUCUGCGGGAAAGUCGAGUGGGAGAAACUCUCCCCCAGCUGAUAUUGAUAUGGAAAAGCUGAGAAAAGAUUGUUGGAUGGGAAUACCGCACAAACUUCGUCCACAUGCAUGGAGAUUGCUUUCGGGAUAUCUUCCUACUAACUAUGAGCGGCGAGAAGCCACGCUGGCCACUAAAAGGGAGCAAUACUGGCACUACGUCGAACAGUACUUUCACCAACGAUUUGACGAUCAAAAUAACGACACAUUCCGACAGAUUCAUAUUGAUAUACCGAGAAUGUGUCCGCUGAUUCCGCUCUUCCAGCAAAAAUUGGUUCAGGAGAUGUUUGAAAGAAUAUUGUAUAUUUGGGCUAUUCGACAUCCUGGUAGUGGUUAUGUACAAGGAAUAAAUGACCUAGUCACACCAUUUUUCGUAGUGUUCAUAUCAGAAUUCAUUCCACAGGACGUAGAAGUGGGAUCGUUCGACGUUUCCCAAUUGACACGAGAACAAUGUGAAUUGGUCGAAGCGGACUCGUUCUGGUGUGCGUCGGCGUUACUUGACUCAAUUCAUGAUAAUUAUACAUUCGCACAACCGGGUAUCCAACGGAAGGUUCUACAGCUCAAACAUCUAAUGAGUAGAGUCGAUCGACCACUACAUCUGCAUUUGGAAUCAAACGGAAUUGAAUAUCUUCAGUUUUCUUUUCGAUGGAUGAAUAAUUUACUAAUGAGAGAAAUUCCUCUUCGUGCUACAAUUAGGCUUUGGGAUACGUAUUUGAGCGAACCUGAUGGAUUCUCACAAUUCCAUAGCUAUGUCUGUGCAGCCUUUCUUCGGACAUGGUCACGACAAUUGCAGGCAGAACGUGAUUUCCAGGGGAUUAUGAUUCUGCUCCAGAAUUUACCAACUCAGUGCUGGGGAGAUCGAGAAAUAUGCGAAUUGACCGCGGACGCUUUCUCGCUGAUGUCCGUUUUCGACGGAGCAAGAAGGCACCUCUCUAGUCCUGCGGAGCUGUAG